AUGACGACUACCUCCCAAAACUCACCAUGGGCCUUGAAAAAAAAAGUCCUUGUUCAUGCACCUGAAUUUGAUGUGUCCUGUCCUGUUCGACUUCGUGUUGCCCAUGAUCGCACCGCCAAACAAGGAUCCAUCUCCCUUUCCAUUAUAGCAGACCUCGCUGACUUCAGCAACAGAUCACAGGUGCAUCUGAAUCUCCGUCCAGAAAUAAUCAAUAAUUGCGUGGCCACAAAAAGCAACGAUAAGCUCAUUCCAUCCAGUUUGAUUUCUUUGCUCCCCGUAACUGUACUCAAUACAUCGGAAGCCUUUACACUGAUUCUGCACCUUGAUGAGCCCGGAGUCGUUCUUUGUCCGUCUAAGACAGACUAUAUACGUCCAGCCAAUCCAGAAGACACAAACCUCCUCUCAUUCUCGAAGAUCUGUCAAUCAACAGUUUUGCAUCUUCAUCUUUGUAGACGACAAUUCGUGGAUAAUCAGCUUGAUCUUCUCUACAACUUCUCUUAUGCCCUAAAAGCUCGCAAUCUUCGACAGUCAAAAGCUUUUUAUGACACAAGCCAUGAUCUGUUUGAGAGGCAUUGUCGUGUCUUUGAUCUCUCGUUCGACCUACCCCCAUGCUACGUCGAACCUACCCCUAGUUAUACCUCUACAAAACGGCGCAGAGAGCCAUCGUCGCCUGAUAAUGCAACAAAAAAACGGGCGCUUCUUCCAUCCUUUCAACAGCUAGAUCAAAAACUUGACUCGCCUACUGAAGUCAACACCCCGAGUACCCCUUCCCUAUCACCGCGGUCAAUUUGCCCUUCGCAUUUUACACAUCGUCUCUCUCCUAGCAGCAAUAAACAUGAUGUAGUUAUGCGUCUCAAACGUGAGCUUCAUGGUAUUUCUGAUGAACUGGUUCGGAAACUGUUGGUUGAAUCAGGACGCCAGCAUUUACUUGCCAUUCCAGAAGAUAUCAAUAGUGACCUGCCAACCAAAUCUGAGAAGAUUAGUGUUGCUGAAGUCGAUAAGAUGAUUGAGUGCCGGUUAAAUCAAUUUAUCGAGGAGCGCCUAACUUGCUGCGUCAAUGAAUUUUUGAACGAGCAUUUGGAUGGCAUCGCAGAAGAUUACCGUGAUAAGCUCUACGCUGAUAACAAGAUGCAUGAAGACGAAUUUUAUGAACGGGUCGACGAUAUCAAUUCAGAGGUCCGCAACACAGCAAACGAAUGUAUGCAGGAAAUGGAAGAACUGGCGCAACGGUGUAUGGAUAAGAUCGAAGAUCAGGGAACUAAGUAUACUGUAUCUAAGAAAAAAGAAGUCGACAAACUCAAGCUAUUGCCUAAGGGUCUGGUGCACCCUUUCAUUGAUGGUAAGGCAUGUCUUAUCUUUGAUCCAGGUACUCAUGCCAGGCGCAGUUCCAUCUAG